AUGCCACGACACUAUAAAAGGGAUUGCCUCCAACUCAAGAAGGAAGAACAGAAGACUACAGCAAAACUCGCUUCAGUAAGGGUGUUCGUAUUAACUCAGGCUGAUGCAGAAGCCAACCCCUCUGUGCAAAGACAGGAUCAAGGUGGAUACGGGGAAGAUAGAAUCCGUCAGGGAUUAGCUGAGACCAAAUACAGCUACAGAAAAGGGUUCUCUAAAAUUUCAAAACCCUUUACCGAGCUUACUAAAAAGAAUCAGCGUUUUAUGUGGACGGAUAAGUGUGAAGCAAGUUUUCAAGAGCUGAAACAGAGAUUAAUCACAGCUCGAGUGUUAGCCCUACCUUUUGAUAAAGAGAAGUUUGUGGUUUACUGUUAUGCAUCCAGACAGGGUUUGGGGUGUGUACUGAUGCAGGCCGAUCAGGUUAUUGCCUAUGCCUCUCGUCAGUUCAAAGAAUAUGAACAGCGGUACCUAACUCAUGAUCUAGAACUUACCGCGAGGUGUUGGUUAGAGUUGGUUAAGGAUUACGAGUGUGAGAUCCUUUACAAUCCUGCGAAGGCCAAUUUAGUGGCUAAUUCCCUGAGCAAGAAGGGUCCCAGGCAGGUAACUAUUAUGAUUCAGAUUUCACCUCAGUUAGCAGAGGACAUGGUCAGAUCAAACAUUGAGUUUGUUGUAGGCAAACUUCAUAACUUGACCAUGCAAUUUGAUAUGUUAGAACGAAUUAAAGAUGCUCAAUUAACUGAUCCAGAAUUAGUGAAGAUCAGGGAAGAGGUUUCAGUCGAUCAAGCCAGAGUUUCGACGGUGUCAGAUAGUGGGAUGCUGUUAUUUAAGACCAUGGUUUAUGUUCCAAAUAGUGCGAAACUUAGAAAUGAAAUUCUUGAAGAGGCUCAUACCACUCCAUACUCCUUGCAUGCUGGCACCACUAAGAUGUAUCAAGAUCUUAAACCCUUUUUCUGGUGGAGCGGGAUGAAGAAAAAUGUGGUAGAAUUCGUAUUGCAAUGCCUAACCUAUCGAUUCAGAAAGUCUGCGCAUCUUCUACCAGCUAAAAUAACCUUUACAGUGGAUCAGUAUGCAGAUUUGUACGUCAAGGAGAUACGGGCUAUGGCUACCAAACUGAAAUUCAAUACAACUUUCCAUCCUCAGACUGAUGGACAGUCUGAAAGGACAAUCCAAAUACUAGAAGAUAUGUUACAAGCCUGUGUCAUGGAUUUUGAGGGCUUCUAG